AUGAGCAGGAGAGUCUCUGCAGCGGGGGCUGAGUUUGCUGAAAGCACCUGCACGCUCUGCCAGUCCGGGAAGAUGGCAGCCACGCUCCCUCCCGGGCCUGGGGAGAAGGGGAUAUCCAGAACGCUGGGCAAGCAAAGGGUGGAAAUGACCCACCGGCGCCAGAGGAGCAUCCCAGGACAGACGGCUGCCAGUUCCAAUCCGGAGAGUCGCAGGCAAAAAGUGCAACACAGCCUGCCCAACGAAGCUGCCCAUCCGCGCGGCUUCCUUCUCAGACCGAGGGUACGAAAUACACAAGCGAGCGCGCUGCUGAAAAUACAACCGUCCUCCGAAGGGGCAGGAACGCGCAGCUUGCCCGCCGGGAGCUCUUCUCCCGAGCCCUCCAACUCUGCACGAACGAACGGCCGAAAACAGGGCUCCUCCUGCCUCGCCGGGGCGAAGAGCUCCCUCCCCGCGCCAGCCGCCCCUCGGCCCGCCCAGGGCCCGGCCAGGCGUCCCCAGAAGCCCGCCGGCCAGGCCGGGGCCGCAGCUCCACCCCCGCUGGCAGGCACGGCCCCUCCGACCCUCCCGGCCGUCCCGCCGAACGCGAUGCGGGCGGGGCGGGGCUGGGGGACAGCGAAGGACGGGCUCGCCCGCGGCGGAGGGGCCACCCGAGCCGUCCUUGGCCGGGCGGCGGACCUGCGCGGCGGCGGGGUCCGACUGACCAAGGGAGGGCCCCCGGCUGCCGCUCCGCCGGCCCGGCCUGCCCGCUGUCUGCGAGCACCGGCGGGCACGGGCGCAGCGCCCUCCAGCACCGCCGCUCCGGCGCGGGGCCCGCUGCCAGAAGGCCGGCUCAGCGGCGGCUGUCGGGCGGGGGCGCCUGCCUGCCUGCCUGCCUGCCUGCCCCGGCGCCCUCGCCGCCUUCCAUCCCCGGAGACCGGCCGUCAAGGGCGCCCCACUCCCCGCGGCCGGCCGGCCCCGCCGACUUCCGGCCCGCCCCCUCGCCGGCCCCCUCCCUCGCCCCGUCCCGUCCCCGGGGCUGCUGUCCGACGGCGCGGACGCCGCACGCGCCGGCCGCCGCAGGACCCCUGGCCCGGCGCCCGCGGGCCCCGGGAUGCCCGCUGUGGACGGAAGCGCCCGGCCCGGCCCGGCAGGGGGGCCCGCCGCCUCCCCCACCCGCUCCCUGCCUCCCGCGGAGGGCCCGGCUGGCGCGCGGCGCUCACCUGCUGCGGGCUCGGCGAGGGCCUCCCUCAGGGCUCCUCCGUCCGCGGGCGCGCGUGGCUCCGCAUCGGCGGCGGGCAGAGCGCCUUCCGGGGCCGGGCGGCUCGCCUCCCUUCCGCGCUCGCUGCUCCGGGGACGCCGCCAGCCAGCCAGGCAGCCAGCGAGGCAGGGCAGGGCGAGGCGCGGCGCGGGAGGCAGCCCGGCGCGGCGGGCCGAGGACGCGGGGCAGGCGGCGCGCGGGGACCAAUCGCCGGGCCGCGGCGGGGAGGGCAGGCCGUCCUCGCUGCCUUCCUCCGCUGCCGCGCUCGCGCGUAUCCCUCCGCCUGGGCCGGCCAUGGAGCGCGGGGGGCGGGCGCCGGGUCCGUGCCCGGCGGGGGGGCCGCUCCUUCCACCGCCGCCGGCGGGGCGGGCCGGGCCAGGAGGCGGCGCCGCAGCUGGCGGGGCCCGCGGAACGCACCGGGGGGCUCCCCCAUCCCCGCCGCGGCGCGUCCUCCGGGCUCCUCUCCCGUGGAAGAGGACCCCUGCCCGCCCCCCGUCCUGGAUCCCCCCGUCCGACCACCCGAACCACGCGCGGCCUCAGCAGGACCGGCCGGUUUGCGGACUAGCCGCGGCCGCCGAUUCCCCCUACCGCCCGAAACUCGGGCUCAGCGACCCGGAAUGGCUCCUUCCACGCAACGGGAGGGCCCCGGACCGUCCGGAAUGGGCUGGCAGGUGCCCGGCGAGCACCCGCCUCCCCGUCCCGGAGGAACGGACGGGCUUUCCAGCGCAACCGGGCUCCGGGCACCGUCCGAACUAAGGGGACCGUCACGGAGGAGUCGUUUGACGCCUCGCGGCCUCGGAGCAGCCGCCCCACCUUCUCGGACGGACCCGGGGCAGAAAAAGGCGUUUGGUGCGAUCACACUUGCGAUCCACCCGGCUGCGGGUGGGACCGUGCGGUCCUCGGUGCCUGCCUGCACGUCUGCAAAGAGCGCCGGGGGCACCACGAACUUGGGGUCCCGGGAUGCCCUGGGCCCCCCUUGCUUCUCUCUGGUCCUGCUCGCUCGAGCUGCGGCUUCGCACGGGGAGAGUGAAGGGGACGCGGCCCACGGCGGGCACCAGGCAGCGUCCUCCCUGACGCGCCCCCUUCACGGGAAGGCCCCCUGCGCCCGAUGCCCGCGGGGGGGCCCGAGCAGCGCGGCCUCCCUCAUGCCCUGCAGAAACCGCUGCCCCCUCCUGCGGGCCGGGGGCUCAUUCCCCGCUAAUCUACCGCUCCCCCAGCCGCGGGGAUCGGUCGCGAGCAAAACUCAGCAAGCCAGCCCCGCAGGCUGCCGUCGGGGGCGAACCCACCCCGGAGGCGAGGAGGGUGGCCUCGUGCGCUCACACGACCCGCGCAGCACAAGCACGUCUGAGCGCCGCCGGGGAAGCAGCCGGGCUGCGGGCGGGACUACUUCGUGCGAGCGGCGGAGGGACACGGUGUUUACGGCGAGGCUGGCGGUGAAGCCGCCAAGAGAGCGGGGCGGGCCUAGCCGGGCCCUGGCGGAGGACGCCCCGCUCUGCCCUCUCGCGGCCGGUCUUUUAACGCCGUCGCCCGACGACGCCGCGCGGCCCCGCCCCGCAGCAUUGGCGUCACGCGUGCGUCACCGUCUCCCGCGCGACCAGACGGCGCGCGCCUACGCCCCCUCGCGGGAGACUGCCGCCCCGCCCCGCCGGGCUCCUCCCCUUCGGGACGCGCUUGCGCGGGGGCGGCGCGCGGACGGGCGGAGGCGGGCGGGCUGGCGGCUGGCGCUUCGCAAAUAG